GUGUGUGUGUGGUGUUGCCUAUCACAGCUGUUGUCUCACUCAUCGUGCUCCCGGCCUCGUUUUGCCCCCUCUUCUACCCCGCUAGCCUGGUUCAUCUGCGAGAAUGGAGAAUAAUCUAGAGGUCACCGCUGAUCCAGCACCCCAAGUCCAAAUCAAUGGGAUGGACAAGCCUUGCGAGGACCCUUCCGAGGACUUCAGUCGGCAGCUGGAGGACAUUAUCAGCACCUAUGGGUCGGCCGCCAGCCCGCCGGAGCGGCAGGAUCCCACCCCGGAGGCGGAGGAGACGGAGGAGGCCCCGGAGGACGACGAGGACCCCGAUGGAGAGCAGGGCGAAGGGGUCACAGCUGCUCCGGACACCGAAGGCAGCACGCAGCAGCCAUCGGAGAAGAAGCUGCGGAAAGGGCUAGGGAAAGAGGCAGCGCUGCUAAUGCAAAGCUUGAACAAACUCGCCAGUCCGGAGGAGAAACUGGAAACGCUGUUCAAGAAAUACGCAGAGUUGGUGGAGGAGCGGCGGGCAGAGCAGCGGCAGCUGGGUGCCCUGCGGAAGAAGCAUGCCCAGACGCUGAAGGAGAACGAGCGGCUCCAAGGCGAGCACAACCGUGCGGUCUUGGCCCGCAGCAAGCUGGAGGGGCUGUGUCGAGAGCUGCAGAGGCACAACAAGGCCCUCAAGGAGGAGUCAGCCCAGCGGUGUCGAGAGGAAGAGCAGAAGCGCGAGGAGAUCUCGGUCCACUUCCAGAACACUCUGACGGACAUCCAGGCGCAGAUCGAGCAGCAAAAUGAACGCAACAGCAAGCUCCGCCAGGAGAACAAUGACCUGGGUGAGAAGCUGAACGGGAUCAUCCAGCAGUACGAGCAGCGAGAGGAGCACCUGGAGAAGAUCUUCAAACACCGCGACCUCCAGCAGAAGCUGGCUGAUGCCAGACUGGAGGAGGCCAACAUGCUGCUGCAUGAAGCGGAAGAGAAGCAUAAGCGUGAGAAGGAAUACUUACUGACACAGGCCGCUGAGUGGAAACUGCAGGCUAGGCUUCUGAAAGAGCAGGAGACAGUGAUGCGGGCACAGCUCGUUCUGUAUUCAGAGAAGUUUGAUGAGCUGCAGAGCACUCUGGCCAAGAGCAACGACGUUUAUGCCAGCUUCAGGAAGGAGAUGGACAAGAUGUCGAAGAACAUGAAGAAGUUGGAGAAGGAGUCCGGCACUUGGAAGACACGCUUUGAGAACUGCAACAAAGCCUUGAUGGACAUGGUUACAGAUAGGUCGAUUAAAGACAAGGAGUUUGAGAUGUUCACGCUGAAGAUCAACAAGCUGGAACGGCUGUGUCGGGCUCUACAGGAAGAGAGGAAGGGUCUGUACAAGAAGAUCCAAGAAAUCUGCAGGCCUGGAGAGAAAGUGGAUGUGAAAGCUGUGGAGGUGGAUGUCCAGGAAGAGGACGUGAGCCCUGAGAAUGCCCCUGUCUCCGUCCCACCUCCGGUUUCUGCUCCACAACCAGCCUCCGACUCAGAGUCCACCUCCAGCUCCACCGCUGACUCCAUCUCCACCUUCAUCCCUGUGGAAUUCCCUUUCACCAUGGAUAUGUCCCGCUUAAAGGCGGAGCAGGAGCGUCUGGAGGAGCUUGCCGCCGCCCUCUUGAAUCCUCACGAGGAGUCAGGCGAGGCGACAAACAGCGACGAGGAGGCGCCAAUCAGUGCAGAGGUUCAGAAGAGCUCCGAGGCAGGGGAAGCGGCUACUCCUUUCGACAGCGGUCCAGUUUCCUCACCCCCGCCAGAGACCUCACAGUCGGCCCCUGCUGAGAAGUUGACACCUGGAGACACGCAAGGAAGCAGUGAAACAGGGGAAUCGCAGGAAUAACAUCGACGGAUGCCUUGACGUGUCUUGUAACUCAAGCAGCACCACACGAGUUUUCUAUAUCCUCCACUUCUAAAUUUUGCUUGUAUUGGUGUCAACUAGUCGGUUUUAAUGGCUAUAGAUGUUUCUGAUAUCAAUCAGUUUUUCGAAAGAGACCUUUGCUGUCUUGAACCAGGUCUUUUAUAUAGAAUGCUUCAUACUCUUAAAGUGGAUUUGCCCGUGCACAUGAGUGCUUUCCUCAGAAAAAAUCACAGCAGUGUAUUUAUUCAAUAAAGCUCUCCAGAGUAUCACAG